AUGCCACUACCUUCUCUUCAAAUCAUCGAGUCGGAGGAAGAGUCGUCGCUCCACCCCCGAGCCAUUUGGAAUCAUUGGAAGAGGAAUAUUAUCUGGGAUCCUAGAUCGUACUAUGGGGCAUUAGAAUUCAGCGGAUUAUUGGUUCUUUAUUUUUCAUACAUGAAUAUUACGCAAAAUAUUCAGUAUAAUGUUUUGUAUACUCUUGCGAAGUUCACAUCUGGACUUUUUCUCCUAAUCCCCAUCGCUAUUCUACACUGGUACAGCAACCACCGGCAAUCUAAUAGCAUACUUACACUGUUCUUAUCUCAACUUAUUGGUCUUGGUGUACAUCAGAAAUGCUACUCCCAAUGCGAAUUCAUCACCUCCGUUGAUAUCCUCCUAUGGAUAACCAUCCCCAUACCAAAGAACGCUCGCAAAGAUUCUGUUCCGCCAGAGGAUCCUUCUCCUGCGGUCAUCGACUCUUAUCCCGAGGACUUGGACGGGAGCCAGAGAGCAUGGGGUGACUCGACCAUCGCCGACGGUAUCGAAGAUGAUUCUGUUCCACAGCAAGGUCAGAUUCGCCUAUAG